AUGACUGACGAUACUGCUGAUCCAUUCGUUGUGCGAUGGUUGACAUGGUGUUCUCAAGCAUUGCAGUCACAUAAAUAUCCUAUCAGAUCUCUUGUCGAUGUGUCGUCUCCGCUAUCACCAGACACUGAAACAAGAGAAGAUGUCAUUGCGCGAGGGCGUUGUGAACAAUGGAAAGAAGACCUUCUUCGGACAAGCCCCAUGGUUCGGUUUAUGGUCAAGCAUUUGACGCUUAUUCAGUGCAAUCCACUCUCCCCCAGAGAAGAUUCUGCGAGUCAAGGAACCCCGCCCAAGCUGUUAAUUGCUUCUUGUCCACCCGACAUUGCUGGAGGUUUCUCACCGUCGCCUCCCGAGAGACCCACGGCCGAGUCGGGAAUCUUACUGUGCGCGAAUCGUAUCUUCAGUAAGGCACAUCUUGAGGAUACGAUUUCACAUGAAAUGAUACAUUGGUGGGAUCACUGUCGCUUCAAGGUUGAUUGGGGCAAUCUGCGACACCACGCAUGCAGUGAGAUUCGUGCUGCGUCCUUGUCAGGAGAUUGUAAUUGGACACGCGAAAUUAAUCGGCGCCACUUUGCACUUUCUAAACAGCAUCAAAAUUGUGUGAAGCGACGUGGGAUCUUAUCUGUUCGUGGGAAUCCGGCUUGUAAGAGUGAGGAAAUGGCAAUGAAGGUGGUUGAAGACGUAUGGGACAGUUGCUUUCAUGAUACCCGACCAUUUGAUGAGUAUGAAUUCGACUCUAUCUAA